ACAGGAGCUGAAAUUUUGUGCAGAAGAUAUACUUCGAAACUGAUCUUAGGAAAAAGAGCUAUAAAAAGAGACUCAAAACUCUCGGGUACGUAAUUUCUAUAGCCCGACAGAAUUGACACUGAAAAGGAAACUGCUUUCAUUGUGUCACUGCUUGCAAGUUAAUUAUGGCUACUGAGGGAGACCCAACUGGCUUUGUGAAAGUGCUUCACCUUCUGGUGAUUUCUUUUAUCUGGGGAAUGCAGGUGUGGGUGUCUUUCAUAGCAGGUUUUGUGCUGAUUUCCCAGGUAUCCAUGCACACGUUUGGUCUUGUGCAAAGCAAGUUAUUCCCGUUUUAUUUCAAUUGUCUGAUGGGUGGAAAUGCAGUCAGUCUGGCCAUAUAUGCUGUGUACCACCCUAGAGAACUGCUGGACUGGCAUGAGGGUAUACAGAUGACUCUUUUCUUUGUGGCUGUGAUCAUGGCCGGCCUGAACGUGAAGUGGUUUGGUCCGUCUGCCACAGAGAGCAUGCUGGUCAUGCACGAGAUCGAGAAGGAGCACGGUCUGGGAAAUCAGGUGGGUAUGAGCUAUAAUAAGGAAGAAUACGCCAAACUCCGUGAGCAGGACCCGAAAUACAAGGAGCACAGGACCACCUUCUACCGCUACCAUGGUCUGUCCAACCUCUGCAACCUCAUAGGCUUUUUCUCCACUACCAUCAAUCUCAUUUACCUGGCCCUCCAUUUGGGAACCAUAUGAGUGUGUUGCGUGUCUUUGAGAGAGUACAGUCAGACAGAUAUUUUUAGAGAAUUAUCCUGUAUAUGUUCUCUCUUUUUGUCAGACUGAUUUGUAUAACAAUAAUGCUUCUAGUUUUUAUACAACAAGAGUGUUUAGUGUUUGUUAAGGUUAAAAGAACCAAAUU